CCGGCCAGCUCGCGGAGAAGGGGGCGAUCGAGAGUGCGCUGCGCGGCGGGGCUGUCUCCGGAGAGAGGCGGGCGGGCGAGCCGGAGGGGCGGAUUUCUUCUUCUUCGCCUUGUCCAGCGCCGGGACGCCGCAGAGCAGCGCCCCAGGGCCGGGUGCCUCGCCCCGGGCAGCGGGGCUUUGUUGGCUCGCCACGUGAACCCACUUCGGGACGGCGGCUGCCCGCCGGGGAGCCCCAGACAAAGCCCCAUUGAGAAGCGGGCAGGGGACGUCCAGCAACUCCAGGGGGAGGCUGGAGAGAGACCAGCGACCCUCCCCCGCGAGCAGGAGCCACCUGAGGGGAGGGGGCAGGCGGGGGUGGGUUCUUAGCCCCCCCACGCGUGUCUCUCUCCUUUCCGGGCUGGGGCUGGGCGAGAGAGCCGAACCCAGCGUGUGGGGGAGAGAUGCUGAAAGGAGCCGCUGAGCUGGGAUCUAUGGAGCAUUUUAUAGGAGAGAAGUAACGCUGCCAAAAUCCCGCCAGGGAGUGAUAAAAAGGAGCCUUGGACGUAUCAGUUCCCCCCCACCCCCUCCUCCAAUGCUUCCCGCACUGGCCGCACAGCGAAAUGGGAAGGAGCAAUAGCGCUUUACGGUCUUGCAAAGGGAAGCUUCGAAACUAACCCAGGAGCCUCCAGAUCCAAGGAGGAGGAACCGCUGCAGGCUGCUGGUGUGUGUCCUCAAUGAACAGGAGCCGGGGCUGGAACCGCUGGCAACUCAUCUAGGACAAGUUUGUUUUUUUUUUCCCCGAAGGGUCCAUUUCUCCGAAGGACCAUGGAGGAGUGGAGGCAGUGUGGCCGCUGGCUAAUCGACUGUAAAGUUUUGCCCCCGAACCACAGGGUGGUCUGGCCCUCAGCUGUUGUCUUUGACCUGGCUCAGGCUUUGAGAGAUGGAGUCUUGCUCUGCCAGCUGCUUCAUAACCUGUCACCUGGAUCUAUUGAUCUCAAGGACAUCAAUUUCAGGCCACAGAUGUCACAGUUUCUCUGUUUGAAGAACAUUCGAACGUUCUUAAAAGUCUGUCAUGACAAAUUUGGGCUAAGGAACAGCGAGCUGUUUGACCCCUUCGACCUCUUCGACGUGCGGGAUUUUGGAAAGGUGAUAUCAGCUGUAUCCAGACUUUCCCACCACAGUAUCGUUCAAACCAAAGGAAUUAGACCCUUCCCUUCCGAGGAGACCACAGAGAACGAUGAUGACGUCUAUCGGAGCUUGGAGGAACUGGCUGAUGAACAUGAUCUGGGGGAGGAUAUUUACGACUGCGUCCCUUGCGAAGAUGAAGGCGACGAUAUCUACGAAGAUAUCAUCAAAGUGGAAGUUCAGCAACCCAUGAUUAGAUAUAUGCAGAAAAUGGGAAUGACAGAAGAUGACAAAAGAAAUUGCUGUUUGCUAGAAAUUCAGGAGACCGAGGCCAAAUAUUACAAAACACUUGAAGACAUAGAAAAGAACUAUAUGAAUCCAUUAAAGCUGGUACUGACUCCACAAGAGAUGGAAUCUAUUUUUAUCAAUUUGGAGGACCUAAUUAAAGUGCACUUCAAUUUCCUGAGGGCCAUCGAUGUCUGUAUGAUGUCUGGAGGAAGCAGCUUGGCGAAAGUUUUUCUAGAAUUCAAAGAAAGGCUGUUGAUUUAUGGCGAGUACUGCAGCCAUAUGGAAUGCGCCCAAAAUACCCUGAACGGGCUCAUUGCAAACAGAGAGGACGUUAGGCAAAAAGUUGAGGAAUGCACGUUGAAGGUUCAGGAUGGGAAGUUUAAAUUGCAAGAUCUGCUGGUGGUACCAAUGCAAAGGGUCUUGAAGUAUCAUCUCCUAUUAAAAGAGCUUCUCAGCCAUUCGUCUGAUCGGCCAGAAAAGCAACAACUCAAGGAAGCUUUGGAAGCCAUGCAGGACUUGGCCAUGUACAUAAAUGAAGUCAAGAGAGACAAAGAGACCUUAAAGAAAAUACGUGAAUUUCAGAAAUCUAUAGAAAACUUGCAAGGGAAACUGGAAGAAUUCGGGAGGCCAAAGAUAGACGGUGAACUGAAAGUCCGUUCAAUAGUGAACCACACCAAGCAGGACAGGUAUUUAUUUUUGUUCGAUAAAGUGGUGAUCGUCUGUAAAAGGAAAGGAUACAAUUAUGAGUUGAAAGAAAUUAUCGAGCUGCUUUUCCAUAAGAUGACCGAUGAUCCCAUGAACAACAAGGACAUUAAGAAGUGGUCAUAUGGGUUCUACCUGAUUCACCUUCAAGGAAAGCAGGGCUUCCAGUUUUUCUGCAAGACGGAAGACAUGAAGAGGAAGUGGAUGGAGCAGUUUGAAAUGGCAAUGUCCAACAUUAAGCCAGAAAAAGCCAACGCAAAUCACCACAGCUUCCAGAUGUACACGUUUGAAAAGACGACCAACUGCAAAGCGUGCAAGAUGUUUUUAAGAGGAACUUUCUAUCAGGGCUAUCUGUGCAUGAAAUGUGGAUCAGGUGCUCAUAAAGAAUGCUUGGAAAUUAUUCCUCCCUGCAAGAUCAGUUCUCCAGCGGACCAGGACUCAUUAAAUACAGGACCUGGUCCUAAAAUGGUGGCUGUUCAGAAUUACCAUGGCAACCCAGCUCACCCAGGAAAGCCAGUGUUAACGUUUCAGACCGGGGACAUCAUAGAACUGCUUAGAGGGGACCCUGAUUCGCAGUGGUGGGAAGGGAGGUUAAUACAGACAAAGAAGUCUGGUUAUUUUCCCAGUUCAUCGGUGAAGCCCUGUCCUGUGGACGCCAGGCCUCCCAGCAGCCGGCCUCCUUCGAGAGAAAUAGACUACACGGCGUAUCCUUGGUUUGCAGGAAACAUGGAGAGGCAACAGACAGACAACCUGCUGAAGUCGCACGUCAGCGGGACGUACCUGAUUCGAGAGAGACCAGCAGAGGCCGAGCGCUUUGCCAUCAGUAUUAAGUUUAACGAGGAAGUCAAGCACAUUAAGGUGGUGGAGAAAGACAACUGGAUUCACAUCACAGAAGCCAAAAAGUUUGAAAGCCUUUUGGAAUUGGUCGAAUACUACCAGACCCACUCGCUGAAGGAGAGCUUUAAACAGCUGGAUACAACGUUAAAAUAUCCAUACAAAUCCCGAGAACGUUCUACCUCCAGAACCUUCACUCGCUCCCCAGCUUCCUGCGCUUCCUACAACUUUUCUUUUCUCAGUCCUCAGGGCCUCAACUUUUCUUCUCAGAAUUCCUCCACUCCUUUCUGGUCAGUGGUCACGCCUCCGGCCAUAGGGACGGCGGUGGCACGCUACAACUUCGCCGCACGGGACAUGCGAGAGCUCUCUUUGCGAGAGGGCGACGUGGUGAAAAUCUACAGCAGGAUAGGCGGGGACCAGGGAUGGUGGAAGGGAGAAACAAAUGGAAGAGUUGGUUGGUUUCCUUCGACCUACGUGGAGGAGGAGGGAGUAUAACGAGGACUGGAUCUCUGGCAGGCGUCGCCGAGCGCCCAGGAAAAGCCACUGCAGAGUGUGCACAGUGGUCCCAACGCCCAGGGCUCUGAGUGAAACGCAAUCAGAAAUCCUCCAGUAUUAACAAGUCUAUUGUGAAUUGUUUACAAUCAAUCCUCUGUAAAGUGUGUGUGCGCGUCAGGGGUUGCCACUGGCUCUCAGUCCUGGGUUGUGUUACUUGUGUGUAAGAGAGAGUGUCUAUAAGGUAACAUUUGUCUGUAACAGCAGAAGGAGGGUCCUGGGAAGAUCAUGCUCAACAGCCCUGCCUGAGCAGGACAACUCGGCACAGCUCUGCUCAGACACUUCAUCCAAACCCGUUUCACGGAGGGUGUCUCAAAAGCCACCCUGGGGCUCAUGGGAGGCAGGGGCCAAAGGUUCACGCUGACUGAAGGUGGAGGGAGCGUUUCAGAUUUCUACUGAGAAGGAGGAAGCCAGCCCCAAAGUAUCAGAAGAGGCGACCUCACCCCACCCUGCUCUCUCCCCCUGCUGCUUGAAUGGACCCCUCUGGAUAGCGAUUUUUCUUGUCAAGUCAGUGUGUUUGACGGCAGAGCCCAACUCUGCUGCCCCCCUGAGGUGAUUUGGGGAGCAGAGCAGAGCAUGGUGAGGAGGCGUCUCUCUGUGAGCUUUGUAAGAUACCCGUUGUAAACUAGGAAUGAGUUUUUGAAGAGAGAGAGAGAGAGAGAGACAGGCGUGAAGUCAAACUGGAUACAGCCACCCCCAGACAUCAUGAGAGAGUUCCAGUUUUGCAACGUGGGUCCGUUCUCUUGGACUAACUUUGGUCCCACUAGAUUCACCCAGGGCAGAAGGGACAGCACCGCCUGUAUCAGGAUGUCUGGCGGUGUUCGGGGUUUGCGGAAUGUGCCCUCCCUGGGAAGAGUAUUUGGAAGCCAUUGAUGUGCUGGGUGGCACAUACGGUAAUAGCUCCAGAUGUGCAUCAUCUGCUCCAGCGUGUGCACCAUUCACAGCGUACCUGUCCUGUGCUUAACAAGAAUAUAGACGCCCCUGCCAGAUGAAUGGCCCGUUCCUGUAGCCAUUAUACGCAUCUGCCUCAUUGACCUCCAACGGGGCUCACUCACCUGAUUAAGGACCGCAGGCUGAAUCCCUCAUUAUCCAAAAAUACAUUGUAAAAGAGUCUCUUUGCCCCAUCCACCAGCACCAUGAGGUUACGCCCCAGGUCUUUCCACCUGUUCUUCCCCCUCCCCCCCGCCCGUAACCCCUGGAGCCAAUAAGAAAAAUUCUGUGUUGCCCCCUCACUGUGUCUUUUUCAUCAUUGCACUACUCUGAAUAACAUACUCCUGGGUCUCUCCCUUUCCAAGUUAUGUCCAUUUUAUGGGAUAGGCAGAACUGUCCAGUGGAAUCAAUUUCACGUGACCUCUGCCAGGUGCUGCCCUUUGCUCACCAGGGUGGCAUUUCCUUUCAAAGUGCAUUAUUUAAAACAAACAUGAUGCAUCCCCGACAAGGAACAACUCCCACUUCCCCCACUGCCAAGCCUAAGAAAUUCUCCUCCUGUUGCUUUAAAUGAGGCGUGGUCUGCGCUACAGAGUUAGGUCGACCUAAGGCAGCUUAUGUCCACCUAAUUGUGUCAGUGUACACACUACAGCCUUGCUCCUGCCGAUGGAAGUGCCCUACUAUACUAACAUCAUAACUCCACCUCCAUCAGAGAGGCAUAGGGCUUAUGUCGGUAUAGUUAGGGUGACGCAGUGUCUGUGUAGACACUGCAUUACUUACAUUGGCUGUUGGCUGUCAUUCUUGUCAAAUUCACGGCUCCAGCUGGGCAGCCAGGCUCCUAGUGGGGAGCUGCAUGUGGAGCUGAGAUCCUGGGCUUUCAACCCCCCCCACUCACCCCCCCACUGCCCUCUUAAGUCGGUGGAAGUGCUCCUGGUGAGGACGCACACCAUCGACAGAAGAAGAGUAGUGUGGACAUGAACCACUGCAGUUGUAAGUCGACCUAAGAUUCUAGUGUAGACAUGCCCUCAGUGCACUUUUGGAUCGUUGCUCCCAUCUCAUGUUUUUCAGCAGCCCGACAGCUUUGAGACUUUGCUACUGGGCUUUGGGCCAGAUUCUGCUCUCAUUUGCACUGAUGUAAAUCCAGAGGAACUCUAGAUUUGCACUGGCGUAAUGGACACCAACUGAAGUGAUCACGGCUGCUCGCCUUUAGAGGAGAGCUAUAGCCACACAUCUUACAAUGGACGAAUAAAGAAACGAUAUCUAGCCAUUCUGCAAAUGCUCCAGGUAUAAUCUGUGGAAUUAUAGCCAAAUUGUUGCUGCCAGAUUGGGAUACUAAAGCCAAAAGGAUAAUUCUGUGCAGUGAAUGAAAAGGAAAACAAACGACCUUUGAAGGUAAAUUGCUGUUUAGUGACCAGGCACAAGCUGAAUAAUUUUGCUGCUUGUUUUGAUGUAUGUUUUCCUGUGUUCUGUCUCAAUCAGUGUGAACUGCCUGUUUGCUCGUUCUUCCUUGUGCCAAAGCCGCCAGUGAAACAUUCACGUUGCACCAUAUUGAUUAGAAAAUAUUUUAGUUUAAGCGAUGAUUGACUAAGCGAUGCCUGCUGCUCAAAUGCCAGAGUCUAAACAUCCCUGUGGUCAGGUUAUAGGGGAUUGCAAUUUGCACACAUCCCAGGGGCGGUUCCUCUUACCCAUUUUGCUCUGCAGAGUGCUGGAAAGAACAGAGCAGUCAGAUGUCUUGUGGUUUUGUUAAAGGCUAUUGUCCGGUGCUAACCUAUCUCAGUUCAGUCUUCUUGAUUGUCCACAACCUUUGUACCUUUUGACUUUUGUCAUCUCAGCCUGCCAGUAUUGAAAAGAAAUGAGGCAGAGCUUUGGAGAAGGAAGCCAAAAGGAGGCUGAGGGUUUGUGUACAUGGGGACACUCAGGAAAAUUAAUCUGAAUUAAUUUUUAAAGUGGAUUAGAUAAACUGCAUUACAUCGUUUUGUGGAUGCUCUUAUUCAGAAGUAAAGUGGCCUUAAUUCAGAUCAGUUGACUUCACUUUGGAAAUUAAGUUUGAAUUCAGCUAAGGACACUUUAAUUCUAAAUGAUUGUCCACACAAGUCUUAAUGCAGUUUAACUAAUCCACUGUGAAUUCACACCCUUAGUUAGUUCAGAUUAAUUUUCCUGAGUGUCACCAUGUACACAAGCCAUAUGGGGAGUUGCAGGCUUAGCUGCCACUGAAAGGGAAUUGGGAGUUGGGCACUCACAUCCAUUAAACUCCUUUGAGAAUCCCAGCCUACAGGCCGAGCUUCUCAAGGCUCACUGGUGAUUUUGGUUGCCCAUCUUCAGAUGACUUCAAGGGGCCUGAUUUCCAAAAACUGCUGAGUAUCUGCUCUCUGUGGGAAAAAAAGUCUUUAAGAUGUCACAAGUUAGGCACCCAAAAAUCACUAGUCACUUUUGAAAAUGUAGACCAAAGGAUCUGAUUCAACCUUCGGUAGCAUCUGAGGGCAAAAUUUGGGUCCAGAAGACCCAACAAAAAAUGGAUAAAGAGAAGAAAAUUCAAGAUAAGAACAUAAGAAUGGCCAUGCUGGGUCAGACCAAAGGUCCAUCUAGCCCAGUAUCCUGUCUUCUGACAGUGGCCAGUGCCAGGUGCCCCAGAAGGAAUGAACAGAACAGGGAAUCAUCAAG